AAUUUGUUAAAGGUCUUAAUUAUUUACCCUAAUUCAAUAUGUUUUAGACUGUUCUUAUGUUAAGCUGUAACAAGCAUGUCCGUACAUCAUUCAUCUGGUAUUCCACGAAGGAAAUCGUUCAUUCAACCUGAUGUCAACCCAUUUGUUCAUACUAUUAACCUGACCGUGCUGCAGAAAUGCCAGGUCGCCUUGAUGUCUGUAACAUUGGCUCCUAUAAGAAUUGUGGCAGUUUUUGUAACUUUUUUAUUUACAUGGUUCAUUGGCUGUUUAGUUACACUUGGGGUGCAAAUCGGAGACAAAAAUCCAGUCGGACAUAUUCGCUUAGCUUUAUUUCAAAGUCUGCGUGUGUUGGGAAGAUUAAUACUAUUCAUUAUGGGUUUCCAUUGGAUUAAUGUUAAAGGGACAAGAGUAGAAGUUGAUAAAGCUCCAAUUCUUGUUGUUGCCCCACAUUCUAGUAUGUUUGAUGUUCUGAUAAGCUUUGUUUACGGGCCAAGUUCAUCCGGUGUGUCUCGUGCGGAAAAUUUUAGCAUCUAUGGAAUCGGAACUUUACUAAAGUCAUUUCAACCCGUGCUAGUAUCAAGAACUGACCCAGAUUCGAGACAAAAAACAGUUCAAGAAAUCUGCAGACGUUCAGUUCAGAUGAAAGGACAUUGGCCUCAGAUUGUGAUUUACCCAGAAGGAACAUGCACUAACCGUAAAUCGCUAAUUACAUUCAAAUCUGGUGCCUUUAUCCCUGGCGUUCCUGUUCAGCCAGUUGUUUUGCAAUAUUUAAAUAAAGUUGACACUUAUUCAUGGACCUGGAACGGCCCAAGUAGUCUAACUUUGCUGUGGCUUACACUCUGUCAAUGGAACAACAGUGUGCGGGUUCAUUUUCUCCCUGUGUAUCAGCCAAACAUGGAAGAACAACAAAAUCCAAGUCUAUUUGCAAACAAUGUUCGAAUGUUAAUGGCAGAUAUACUGGAUCUCCCAUGCACAGAUCACACAUUUGAGGAUUGUAGACUCAUGAGAGAAGCAGAAAACUUGAAUAUGCCAAUGGAGACCGGUCUUAUUGAGUUUACCAAGUUAAACAGAAAAUUAGGAAUGAAUCUCGACGCUUUAAAAGGAAGACUGCAUGAAUUUUCGAUGCUAGCUCAACAGCAGCCAGAUAAGAUGCUGAAUAUCGACAACUUUGCAAAAUCGUUGAACGUCCCAGUUACUGAAGCACUGGAAGAUUUAUUUAAGCUGUAUGACCGCAAUGAGAGUGGUUUGAUCGAUUUUCGGGAAUAUGUUAUUGGUUUGUCUCUGGUUUCUAAGCCUGCAGUAACAUCUGAAACAGUACAGCUGGCAUUUAAGGUCUUUGAUACUGACGUUGAUGGCUUUAUUUCUGCACAGGAAUUUAUUAAAGUAAUGUCCGCUACAUUUGGUGAUAAUUUUAAUGGGAAAAAAAUUUUUAAUGAAAUAACGCGGAAAAAUCCAGAAAGAGUUUCUUAUGAGGAAUUCUACGACUUUGCAACUCAGCGACCCGAAUAUGCCAAACUGUUUGUUUGGUAUUAUGAUAUGCAACAAGAUGAGUUUGAUAAAAAGCAAGAGGAUGAAGAAACUAAUGAAUCAGGAAGUGUGUUAACUUAUAGACAACAUAUAAAACUCAAAACUGUUGAUCAGUAAUAAAAGAAUUUAUAAAAUCUUAGUUGAUAAAGACAUUUGUGGUAAUGGACAACUUUGGCCUAAGGUGUCAUGCAGUAGGACCUCACCCACAUAGAAACAAUAAUAUAGAUAUUUGUUUAAUAUUGGAAUUCAUGCACAUAAAAUUUUAAGCGGUUGAUCUUACUUGUAUGUUGUAUAUAACAUAUAUACAAAUGAAAUCAUACGUACUGUUUUGUCGCAUCUGUAACUUCCCUAGAUCUGUAACACAAACCACACAGUGUGUAAACUGCUAAGGUGCAAUUUUAAUCAUAACCAUUUUGUAUCUUGCACAACAGUCUGUUGUUUCUUCAAAGGUUAAGUACUGUGGAAUUUUCCUUCACAUAGUAUUGCUAAAGGCU